AUCAUCAUCAGUAAAAGAAUAGUAGCCGAACGAAUCGAAAGAAAUAUAUGUGUAUCGCUCAUCGACAGCUAUUUUUCUCUCUCGCUUCAAACGAUCGAUUCAAAUACCGCAAAUAAAACAAAAAGUAAAAUGUUUCGAUUGCAUCGAAUACUUCAAGUAUCACAUUGAAAAAAUCAAGCUAAAAAACCAUCGAUUUUGAGAGCAAAACGCUUCCGUUCAUUUUGUGCCGUUUUAAUUAUCACCAUAAAGAACGCCAAAAAAUACCAAAGUAAUUAAAUAGCUCAAAUAAGUGAUGAAAGUUCGUUUUAAUAUUUAAAUUUAAAAGAAGACAAAGCGUCCACAGAGCACAAAAAAUAACAGAUGUCAUGGACAUUUGAAUAGGAACUGCCAAUUAAAACCACAUCCAAAAUUGGCAUAUAGAUUGAGCCCAUUUUAAUUGUGGCAUUUUCGAUGCAUAAUAUGUUUGUAGCAAGUAAAAACUACAUCAGCGACAAUUUUUGGCGUUGAACCAAAAGCCACGUACAAAUUCAAUUGACAAUUUACAUUAGUUAAGUGUGCUGGAGAGAAGCAAAUGAAUUCUUGAAAUAGUUUUGCCGACAAUUCCAUACAAUACAAUACAAAAUACACCACAAUACAAACUAUAAUACAAACAUCAAACGUGUGGCCGGGAAUUAUCAAACCACAUCAUGUUGAUAAGCGGAUGAAUGAACGAAAGAGCAAACAAAUGAAAAAUACGUGUACACACGAUUGGUCGUGAAAGGAGUAAAGAAAAGUAAAGUAAAGUGAAAUUAGAAACGGCACACAUACAGUCAAUUGACUCACACAAGACUGUAUGAGAAUGAAAACACACAUUGAUAAUAAUGUAACGAAAGCUGGAACGAAAGCAAAAAUAAAAUACUAAUUGUACUCACAAUUUUACACGACAGCACUAAGUGAGCGGUUGGUGCUACUACAGCUCUUUUCUUUUUUUUUCCUCUGUAGAUGUAUAACAGUGUGGGUUAACUGCUUCUCCAUUUUUUUCUCUCAUCUAUUCAAUUCAUUUCAAUGCUCGAUAUACAGCUGUCCAUAGAAUACAAUAGUUAAAUCGGUCGGCUAACGAUUUGGUUGUGUGUCUGUGAAUGUGAGAGUAAGUGAGUCUGUAAUUUAUUCUCAACCGAAUGAAAAGUUCCAGGAAUCUAUGUUUGAUUGGAAUUCUAUUUGAUAUUCCGAUUUGGCCGAUUUGAUUGUAUGUAUGAAAAGAGUUAAUGCGGAGGUAGAGUAAAAAAACACAAAAACAAACACGAGCUGAUAAACUGAGCACACAACGGUAGAGAAAAUGCUACUUAAUCGUCGUGUUUUCCAGAACUUUGAAUGUAACCGGUUGCGACGGCAUCAAAUUUUUUACAGCAUUCGAUAUAAAGCUUUGGGGACAUGUUUCAAUAAUAAUACCAUUGGCUCGGGACGCCAAAUCGUUCGCACUAAAAGUGAUAUCAUCACGCACAAUGCUCAAAUUCAGACUCAAUCACACUCGGCUAUGGGCUUUAUUCAGCAAAUACCAAAACACAAUCCGUUUGAAUCGAAUAAGACGCUGCCAUAUGAAGCGAUCCCAUGUGCUGAUCCAUCCAAUACCUGCAGCAUAAGUAAUUUCAUUGCAGUUACAUCACAUCAAUUCAGACAGUUGCUAACUUCUAAAUGGGAUAAUCGUUUCCACGAGGAAAUUGACGAAUAUCAUUUCAAAUUUGGGCCAAUUUUUCGUAAAUCACUUAAACCCGGCAUAAAUGCAAUUUUUAUAAAAUCGCCGGAGCUGUUGCAUGACGUAUUUACUUACGAAGGAAAGUAUCCGAAGCAUCCGUUGCCUGAGGCCUGGACAUUUUACAAUCAGUUGCACAACUGUCAGCGAGGUUUAUUUUUUAUGGACGAUGCAGAAUGGAUGGAAACUCGUAAAAAAUUGGCGCCGUUAAUGUUGCGCAAUGACCAAAGAUUUUCAGCAGCAAUCGAAUGUGCUACAGACAAUUUGAUUGACAAUUUUAAACAAAUUGCUGUUUAUCGUAAUCAAUUUACCGAAUUGCCACAAGUAUUGACAUCAUUGUACGGUUGGUCCAUUCACGUGUUGGUGGGCAUUAUAUUUGGCAACAAGGCUCCAGCUAUUUGCAAUGAAUUGCGAACAACAAUUGAUCACUUUGCGCAAAUUGUACAAAAAGUAUUUGAAGAUACGGUGCCAUUUUCAAGCAUUUCCCCCCAAUUAGCGCGUAAGCUUCAUUUACCCAUUUGGACAAAAUUUGAAAGGAGCGUUACCGAUACGCUCAACAUAGCCAAUGAAAUCAUUGAUUUCGGUCUGAAGCAAUCCAGAUGCGAUGGUUUAUUGGCUGAAAUGAAAGAUUUGGGUAUGACAACUCAAAUGAUUAAGCGAAUUUUCAUCGAUUUAAUUAUUGCUGCCGGUGAUACCACGGCCUUCUCAACACAAUGGGCUCUGUAUCUACUUUCAACGGACGAAAGACAACAAGAGAUGAUUCGGCAAGAGCUUUCCAACACAAAUAAAUUGGACGUACCGCUGUUGGUUCGGGGCACAGUGCGUGAAACGCUACGUUUGUUUCCCGUGGCUACUUUCAUCGGUCGAAUUUUAAACAAAGAUGCCAUUUUAAGUAACUAUCGUGUUGGCAAACACACAUUGAUAUUGAUAUCAAUGUAUAGUGCUGGUCGUGAUGAAACUAGUUUUCCGCAUGCUAAUGAAUUUCGACCGUGCCGUUGGAAUCGCCAUCCGACCACCGGCACGCUUAAAUUGGUUAAUCGAGCACAAGGUUCAAUACCCUAUGCAAUGGGCGCCCGCAACUGUAUCGGACAACGCAUUGCCAACGCUCAAAUGCACAUCAUUCUGACGAAAUUACUACGCACAUUCAAAAUUCAACUGUUGAAUGCAAACGAGAUUGAUAUUGUCAUGCGCUUAAUUAUAAUGCCCAGCAAACCAAUGCGAUUCGCUGUCAAACGGAUCGAUUAAAUUACUCUAAGGUCAACUCAAUGCCAUUGUUUUUAUUUUCAAAUAGUAUUAUAGUAAGUAAUUAUCAUUCGCACGAAAUACAUUCUAAUUUCUGGUGGAAAAUAUAUUAGCUCGUUUUAAAACAAUUUAAUAAAACCAACCAAGCCAA